AUGAAGGAGUCAUUCGCUGACCUUCUGCGCACGGCGGCCGGCAAGCUCACCCUUUCGCUGCUCGUGGCAUCGCAAGCUACCGCAUAUAGUUUCAAGCCUGUUCCGAGCCCCAACCUCAACCUUGACGAUCUAGGCCGGAUAGCCUUCGCUGGAGACUUUGACUCAAUAUCAUUAUACCAGUAUGAAGGCCAAAAUCAGAAUACUCCUGGCCACUCCGGAGCCCUACUUACACGCUAUCCCAAUGGCGUAUUCGCGACUAUCAACAGCACAGAUGGCGACAUCAAGGCCAUGUGCUCCCUCCAGGUAAAUGGUGCAGAGCGAAUUAUGUUUGCAGGCAACUUCACCGGUGUCGACGACCUGAGUACCCCUGGAGGCAUUGCGCUGCUCAAUCCUGCCAACGGCAACAUAGAGGCACUGGAAGGCCUCACCGGAUCCGUCAACGCACUCUACUGCGAUAGAGCUGGUAGUCAAGUCUAUGUAGGAGGCAGUCUGGAAGGCGCAAACUCAUCAAACGCACUCAUCUGGAAGAACGGCUGGGAAGACCUGUCAUUCAACGGCUUCAACGGCCCCAUCAACUCGAUUAUCCAAUCUAAUGACAACAUAAUAUUCGGAGGAGAGUUCAACGGCCUGGGCGGCAUGAAUGCAUCGACUGUGACCAGCGAGAACAACACCCAAAUCAUCCCCAUUGGAAACGCAGACAUCUCCGCGCAGACGAGCUCUGGCCAGCCCGGAUUCUCGGAUCCCAAGAGCAUCGCAUGCAAACCCGACUUCUCCACACAGGGCGCCGAUUCGACAUGGCUGCUCUCCGACGGAGCACCCGGAUUCUGGAAGGCCGACUUUGGCUUCGGUUUCGAGCCAACGAGCAUGAAGCUCUACAACACGGACUAUCAGGGCCGUGGUAGCAAGACUUUCCGCUUCACAGCUCUCCCAGACGGUGGAAUCCUGAACCUGACUUACACCGACCCCGAGAGCGGACGACCGGCCUUCUGCGACGCUAGAUGCCCCUUACCCGAGGGCAACACCACUGCGCAAGAGUUCACUUUUGUCAACGUCGUGGGCAUGAAUGCCUUCAGGAUUGACAUCUCGGACUGGUGGGGCCAAGGUGGCGGUCUAAACGGCAUCCAGCUCUUCCAAGACGCCAUGUACUCCUAUGCAGUUAACGACUUCAAUGAGCCUGAAAACUGCGGUCCUACUACGUCCAGGUCGGAAUCGACCACGACUGGAUCAUGGCAGGUUUCCCCAUCGCACGACAGUUCUUCCGAGUAUCUCACCACAACUCUACAGGGCUCACCUAUCAACCCUGAUGCUGCAAGCGUUACUUUCUUGCCCGAUAUCAAACAAUCUGGCAACUACUCAGUGACCAUCUACACGCCUGGAUGCCAGGGCGACGGCACCUGUGGCACCCGUGGUCGAGUCAAUGUUACGACAACAAUGGACGGGCAGAGUGAUCCCGGCCAUGAGCUGUGGCAGACGAACAACUUCGACAAGUACGAUGAAGUCUACAACGGAUACAUCGAUGCCACCGAUGGUACCCGUCCACAAGUGAUCCUUCGGCCCGCAAGCAACCAAGGUCCUGGUCCCUUGACUGUUGUCGCACAGAGGGUGCGUUUCACGCUUUUGAAGGCCACAUCCGGUAACUUAAACGGCCUUUUCGAAUACAAACCUGGUCAGACUGUAGAUGCAGAUGACCUUGCGGAUUCGGUCAUCAACGCUGCCGGCGCCAGCCUUGCUCCACGCGAGAAGGCUCUUAUUACCACUGUCACCACGGGUGGCCAGACCUUGUAUGUCGGCGGAUCGUUCAACAGCAGUGAUGACCGCAACAACAUCUUCGCAAUUCCACAGGGAUCAGCGCAACCCAAAGCACUUCCUGGUAAGGGACUCAACAACCAGGUCAUGACAAUGUUCCACAACGCUAGUACGCUUUACGUUGGUGGCAACUUCACCAACACUGCAGAGAACAACGUAGCAGGCCUGGGUGGAGUCGCUGCUUUGACCAACGACGAGUGGCAACCCCUUGGAGCCGGUGUUGACGGUGUCGUUCUGUACUUGGUACCAUUCUCGCUCAACGUCACGGUUAACACUCCUGAGGAGGUCCUCGCUGUCAGCGGCUUCUUCAGUCAGGUCAAUGGCUUUGGCGAUAACCCCAGCACCAGCGUUAAUGACUUCGCCAUCUGGGUGCCUUCUCGUAGCAACUGGCUGCACAACCUCGAUUUCCACUCUCUCGCCAUGUCCGGCAGAUUGAUGACAUUCGCUGAUGUCCCCGGAAGCGAACGUUGGUUUGGCGGAUCGGUAUCAUCUGGCGCCCUCCUUGCAAGUGGUACUGCUGAGCUAGAAACUGGAGAUGACUUGUCACUCCAGGCCUUCCCCAUCAAAAUUCAAGCGCAACAACAACAACAACAGCAGCAGCAGACUCCUUCUCGCAAGCGAGCCAUUGUUCAGGGACAAAACCUGAACACGACCGGAGUUCGUACCGGUACUUUCUACAAGGAGAAUGGCAUGAACAAGACUAUCCUUGCCGGUCACUUUGCAACCACGGGCGCAGAUGAUCGUAACAUCACUAAUCUCAUCAUCAUCGAUGGCAACGACUCCGACAAGGUGACCGGCUUUGACAACGAGCUCGAUGCUAACUCUACCUUUGCAGCUGUCGCUGUACUUGACAAUGUCUUGUAUGCCGGCGGUAUGAUCAGCGGUCAACUUGACAACGAUCGCAUUGCUGGAAUUGUCGCCUACGACCUCAAUAACAACGCAUUCGCCAGUAUCCAGCCGCCGCCGCUUCAGGGUGUCAAUGUCACCGUAAACGCCAUUGCCCCACGACCGAAGUCCAAAGAUAUUUUUGUCGCAGGUCAGUUCCAGUCAGCUGGAGCUUUAAGCUGUGCUGCUGUGUGUAUUUGGAACACCGAGCGUAGCCAAUGGACCGCACCCGGCAACGGUCUUGCUGGCGACGUCUCAACUCUCACUUGGGUUGGCGACAACAGCCUCCUCAUCGCUGGUAACCUCACCUCAGGCACCAACGAGACCAAGAUCCUUACCUACGACUCAUCAAGCAGGCAAUUUGCUGUUGUCCCUGGUGCCAAUGACCUUCCUGGUCCGGUCACUGCGCUCACCAUCGCCAACAGCGACGGAGACCAAUUCUGGGCCGCUGGUACCGGAAGCGACGGCACUGCUUACUUGCAGCGAUUCGAUGGUACCAAGUGGGUGCCUGCUGAUGGGUCCAUGUUCGGCGAAACGACAGACAUCCGCGGCAUUCAGGUCCUCACUCUGUCUGAAGACCAUGGCAACUCCGACAUUAUCGACCGCAAUCAAGAUCUCCUCCUUAUGGGUCGGAUCAAUGUUACUACAUUCGGAACAGCAUCUGCUGUGCUCUUUAAUGGCACUACGCUCACUCCUUUUCUUCUCGCUACUAAGGGCCAGGAUGGUUCGACAGAGCCUGGAAGCCUAUCCUCUGUGUUUGUGGAGAACCCCAACUCGUUCUUUACACAAUCCAACAAGCACCUCGCACUAUGGGCCAUUGUCCUCAUUGGCCUCGCCAUCGCCCUAGUCCUUACCUUCCUUCUCGUGGUCAUCGGCAUAGUAAUCGAAUGGUUCCGCAAGAAGCGACUGGGUUAUUCCCCAGCCCCGACAUCAUAUCCAGACCGGCUAGGCAACGUAGGAAGGCUACCGCCGGAGCAAUUACCUCCUGACACGUCAAGGAAUACCGAUGGAGAGACAUGGCAAGGCACAUCCAGUGGCCUUGUAGUUGCCGAAGCUGAUGUUUCGGCACCUCAGGACACGGACAAUGGCUGUCAGUCACUACUGCUGAGGCUGGAUCCUACAGAGGAAAUGGUUUUCCAGGAUCAUGUCCAUGAGGUUGAUCGCUUCCACGCCAACGGGCUACCCCGUGUUUACUUUACAGGUGUUCCCAUCCGCUGA